AUGAAGUCCUUUGCAGCCAUUGUUGCCUCUCUCGCUAUGCUGUGCGGCAGCGCACUUGCAGCAGGAAACUGCAAAUGCCAGGACCCCUCUGGCACUGGUCCUCAGUGGAACGAGUAUACCGAGAUGUGCUGCGAGAACGGCAACAACGUUUCGUGCGACAAGGCCAACUACCCAGUCAUCAAUGCUCCGGAUCGGGCAACAACUUCUGCGUCAUCACCUACGACUUUGAUCAGUGCUGCAAGAGCCUUGGAGCUCCUGGUGCUUACUGCUGGUAUUAGACGAGUUGAUGAUGGAUAUUGA